AUGGAUACAAACCUAGUAAGUCUUGAAGCAAUUGAUAUUGAACGUUUUGGUCGAGCUAUUACAAUUAUACGUAAAAUAACAAUCAAAGGUAGCAGUCAUUAUGUAGUUAAAAAUGAAUAUGGUAAAAUAGUCUCGGAUAAAAAAGAUACAAUUGAUACAAUAGUUACGCAUUUUAAUAUUCAAGUUGAUAAUCCAAUGUGUAUGCUUAAUCAAGAUAUAGCAAAAAAUUUUCUUAAUACAAAAAGUACAAAAGAAAAAUACAAUUUUUUCUUAAAAGCAACACAAUUACAAAAAAUGGUUGAAGAUCUGCAAGAAAAUACCGUUGAAAUUCGUAAUGCAAAAGCUUUACUUGCUGAUCACGUGAAAAAAAGAAAAGAAAUUCAAGUACAACAAGAAGAUCUUGAAGCUCAAUUAAAAUUUGCUGAAUCAAUACGUGAUGCAAAAGCAAACGCUGAUAAUCUUCAAGGACAACUUGAAUGGGCUGAAGUAAUCAAACUUGAAAAUACAUUAGCUGAGACAGAAAAAAAACUUGCCGAUGAUCAAUAUGCUGUUCAAGAAUAUACGAAAAAACGUGAUGCAUUAAUAGAGGACAUGAAAAAUGAAAAAACAAAACGAGAUGAAUUACUUCGUAAAGCACAAGAAGUUGCAAAUAAUGCAAUUGAAGAAAAACGUAUUCAUGAUGACCUGGAACGACGAAUGAAAUUAUUCAAUAAAGAAAAACGAGAUUUAUUACAUGAAGUUAAUAAAUCAGAGAAAGAACUUCAAAUUCAAACUGAAUUAAAGAAAAAACUUCAAAAUAAAAUCGAUGAAAUGCGUCGAAAAGCAACGGCUAAUAAUGAUUACGAUAAAGUUUGUAAGCGUAUAGAUGAUUUACAAGUUUCAAUUACUGAACAACGACAAAUAUUAUCAAUGAAAGAAAGUGAACAAGUCAAUUUUCGACAAUUAUAUGAUGAUGAACGUCAAAGUCUAUUUGAUGAUCAAUCUAUUUUAAAACAACAUGAAGAUUCUUUACGUCGACGACGUGCUCUUAUUCAACAACUUAAAGCAGCUAAACAAGAUCGUGUAACUAUUUAUGGACGUUAUACAAUUUCUAUUCUUAAGGAAAUUGAAAAACAAGCUCAUCGAUUUAAACAAUUACCUAUUGGACCUGUGGGUAAACAUAUCCGUCUUGUUGAUCGAAAAUGGGCUAUUGCUAUUGAACAAGCUAUUGGAAAUCCUAUACAAGGUUAUCUUUGUUCGUGUCGUGAAGAUGAAAGAGUUUUUCUUGAAAUUCUUUCACGUUGUGUACCAGCACAAGAAAUGGACUAUCGACCAAGUGUUACCGGUAAAAAUCUUUUGGUUUUUGUAUUUUAUUUUUAUUUACCUUAUUUAAUAGUAAUGAAAUAUCAGUCAAAAGUCUAUCAAAAUCUUCGAUUACCACCAUCGAAUUUCACAACAAUUUUAUCAAUGCUUGAUAUUGAUAAUCCAACAGUUGCAUGUUUUUUAAUUGAUCAGGGACGUAUUGAACAAAGAAUUCUAAUGGAUAGUUAUGAAACGGCUCGUCGUAUUAUGGAAAAAAGCGCUCCACCAAAUUGUGUUGCUGCUUAUCUUCCAAAUGGUACAGAAAUGCAAAAUACAAAUGUAUUUCGUUGUUAUACAUGUAAAACUCAAAAUCCUCGAUUUUUUGUUGAAGAUCUUGCUGAACAAAUUACUCGUGCAGAAAAAGAUUGUAAUAAUAUUGAACGACAAAUUCAAGAAGUUAAAGAAAAAUUAAGUGAAACACAAAAACGAGUAAAUCAACAUCAACAAACAGUCACGGCAUUAGAUACAACAAUAAACGAAAUUAAAAUCAAAUGUGGUCGAUUAGGAAAAGAACUUCGAGAAUUACAACUAAUUGAAGCACCAAAUGAUUCUAAUAUGAAUGAUUGUGAAAAUGAAUUAUCUGAAUAUGACAAUCGUAUUGAAAUUCUUAAACAGCGUAUUAAAGAUCAAAAAUCAAAAGCUGAAAUGGAAUCAACCGAAUAUCGACAAGUUUUAGAUGAUUUAGCACAAGCACGGCAACGUGUUAUGGAGAAACGUGAACAAGCUGAGCAAUGUAAAACAGAACUUCAAACAUGUGAUGCUUUAAAAGAAAAUGGACAAAGAGCUAUAAAUGAAUUACAAAAAGGACUUGAUGAUAACCAAAGAAAAUUAGAACAACGUGAAGCUACAAAAAAAUUUAUUGAAAAUAAACAUCAUAUACAAAUUGAAAAUGCACAAAAUAUAGUUAAAGAACGACCUAAAGGUGAAAUUGAUGUCAAAACAAUUCGACGAAGUCUUGAUGCUCUUCUAAAAUUUAUUGAAACAAAUAAAAAUGUUUCACAUAAUGUACAACAAAUUCAAGAUCGCUUAGAAGCAGUUAAUGAAAAUUUAGAUACAUUUGGUCGAAUUGUUGAUAAACAAGAAAAACUUAUUCAUAAAUUAUUUAAAGCUGCACGUCAUCGUGGUCAGCAAUAUAAAAAUCUUUUAGAAUCAACAGCUAAAUUAACUAGUAGCUGUUUUAGUUCAUUUCUUGAAUCAAGAAAUUAUACUGGUGAAGCUAUUUUUGAUCAUCAAGAAGGAACUCUUUCACUUGAAAUUACACCACGUGGUGAUGAAGUUCAUAAAGAUACUCGUUCAUUAUCGGGCGGUGAACGUUCGUUUUCGACUGUUUGCUUUAUGCUUGCUCUUUGGGAAGUUGUUGAAAUGCCAUUACGUUGUCUUGAUGAAUUCGAUGUUUUCAUGGAUCAUGUAACACGUCGAACAGCUAUGAAUCUUGUUCUUGAAGUUGCGCGUGAAAAGAAAAAACAAUAUAUAUUUUUAACACCACAAGAUCUGAGUUUUCUUAAAAUUACUGAUGACAUGCGUAUUCUACGAAUGCCUCAACCAAAACGCACACUUAUGCAAAUAAAUAAUGAUAAUGAUUCCGAUUAA